GUGCAGGUUGAUAUGCGUUGGGCCUCGUUCGAAGCCAGAAGAGCGCGGAGCGAAAUUAGUUUUCACGAAAGGCCGCAGGACAUGAAUCAAAAUAAAUGGGCGGCUAAAGCGCAAAACCAUCUGUACCUGAAAAGCGUGGACACAGAAUGGCGGAAAAGGUCAAGAAAGUUGGUAACCAUGUACAGGGUAAUUGAAAGUGUAAAUAGACAACCAAGAGUUAACAGAAAGGAAGUGAGAGAAACAGAGACAGUGAAUUGGAUGCAAAUAAUGGAAACAAAAUAAAUCUUUCACCGAAUACAGCCACAUUUAUGCACGACUGAGAAGCGCAGGAAUUGCGACUCUAGAGCCACCCUGGAGCAUAUCCUAUGGGAAUGUACUUCUAUAAUACAGGAUAACAGUGAUGCUCGGACCUGCAGCAACAACUCUGGGCCGUCCAGCCAGCCGAAGAAGCCGCCAAGGGCCGACAACUUUUGGCCGAAACCUAGGCGGGGUCCAGGCCCACCCCACGAAAUCGCAGGGCACUCAAUAAAGUUAUUUGAAUUAAUGAAAACCCACCAUAGAAAUUAACACAAAUUUGAAGGCAAAAAUUAGAAAGGAAAAUGUGUACGCUAAUACGAAUCGCAUUGCGUUACUAUUUGAGACUAGAGCUGGUUGCCUACGGACAAAAGCAUACCGGAGCGAAUAUUACCAAUAAGACGAGGCAUGUGUAUGCUGCGCAGACAAUCCGGAGGCCACUAUGCACAUCCAAAUGGAAUGCCAAGGAAUUCGCCCAGUGAGACCCACAGGCAACGUACACCUCCCAGAAGCGCAUAGAUUUAAAGUGGAUGGAAGCAUCAACCGCUCAGCAGUCGAGAUAAGCAAGAGACGUUUAAAGUAUUGGUGGAAAAACAGCAUGGCAGAGCUUGACACGACGGGAUCCGUUACAAGCAUAGGUAGUGGUACAGGGUAGAUAGAGAAGUUUUCAGGAAGAGAAACAAAGAUUAGGGAGGUACGUACAAUAAUGCUAGAACAAAAAGCAUGAGUAACUCAAGCACGCUAGAUUACUAUUUGUUACCGCCCCGUUUCAAAGGGAAUGCUAAUAAAUCAUAGUCAUCAUUAUAAUCUGGGUAAAUUGAGUACAUAUACAUAAAUAUCCAAGAAUGCGGAUGUGGGAACCGUCGACGCCGUAGAACAUUUGGUAGAGCAACGCACGCGUAAUGCGGAGGUUGUUGGUGAGGUUCCCACCGGUGGCAGGUUGUUUCUUCAUGUACUUUCAUUACCCUUUAUCUUAUCAUUUUUCCACUUCCAUUAAAAACUAGAAAUAAAUUGCCGCGUGCUUUCCUUGGCUUCAUUAUACUGUUACGAGACAACAGGCGCUUAUGAGACAUCGCACAAAGGUAGACGAAUACGGGCAUCUGAGCUUGGCACAAGCUGGUUAUCAUUUUGGUCUCUGGCUGCGCUGCUCUUGUAAAUACAUCGUUGUUAGUUCCAUUGUCUUUGUCUCUCCGCACGUAACAUUUUGGUGGAGGUCACGGAGCUCCGCAGUUGUCGCUACAUCGAGCUGGCUACCAUGCCUCCCGGAAAUGAGACCCCAUCAGGCUCGGCUGCGGCUCGUCAGAUUGCUCCAGUUGUAACGUUUUCUAGUCGGAUUCGUAUGGUUGUGCUUAAAUCGAUAUAAAAUAAUUGGGUUUUAUGGCCCGAAGCAACACACGGAGGGGUCGUAAGGGGUAGCUCGCGAGCUAUAUAGACCACGUGGGUUUCUUGAACAUGCACCUAUAAGUAUAUGAGGUUCUUUCUUCUUCUUCAUCUUUUCGCAUUCUGCCCCCGUUUCCAUGUGGUCACAGCGGUGUGGAAUCAAACCCACUACCUCAUGCUCUUACAACAGUUUGCUCGAUGAGUCGAAUCAGUGGUUGUAGAUGACAGUUCAAGCAAAAUGUACAUGAUUACUGAAAAAAAAAAACGCUGUGGCAAAAGCUUGCCACAUGAAAUCAAAUAACCACCACUAAAUACAACGACAACAAAGGUGCACUCUCAAAAAAGGUUGCAGCCUUUGGGGCUUAUCUUGUCUCACAACUGCAAUCGCCAUCUGCCUUGCUAGCGUUUCCUUUGUUGAAAACUCUGCGCUCGCUACUUUUCUGUCGACAAUGCUAUGUCACGCUGAUAACGCCCAGAGUGACAUAGCACCGAGCGCUCAGCGUUAGAGAAAGGAAAGGUGCGCCAAAUAGAUGACGAUUAUCGUUGCGAUGUAAGAUAAGCCCCUAAAGGCGCAAAUGUUUUUAAGAGUGUGACGACGCUAAAGGUAAAGGUGAUUGCAUCGUCCUGAGCUUUCCGCGGUGAAGAAUCGACACAGCCAGUGAACAGUGAACCCCAGUUUUUAUUGAGCGUCGGUAUUUAUAGCGGACUCUGUCCGUAAGAGGGGGAGUGCGCUAUCGUACAUCUGACAGCGGCAUGAUGACGGCUUGCGCCCACUGCUGGUGCGCAUGCGUGCGAUGCGAUACAGUGAUGAUGGUGAAUUCACCAUACUUGUUAUGCAUUAUUCCUAUAAUGAAAUGAAUUAAAUCAACUGAGACGCAAUGAUGACUCACUUCGCAGGAUUACGUAGAAUUUACGGUGGUGUCAGGACUGAACUGGAUACGAUUGUUAUCAGUAGUCGUUAUAAAUCUACGGCUGCCUACUUAUACGCUAACCAUCGACAUCAUCUCGAAACCCAUACAGUGAGAAAUUUCAUCUUUAGAAAAAUUUUAGCGGUUGGCUUGAAAUCAUGCGCCCUGAAAGGGAAUACUAUUAAACGGGAAGAUGGAAGCGAAACGGGGCUGAUGAAUGAUCAGGCGCGUAUGAAAGAAUGCACUGCGUGCCGAUAAAUACACGAUACAGCGAUAACUUGUAUCGCGAGCUGUUGCUGCAUGGCAGUGAGUGUUUUGCUUGUCCAUAGCUUUAGAGGAUCUUUAGUAGUGGUUACUAAGCCAUGGCUGAUGAAAUAGGCCGAUGAUAAUGAUGUUGAAUAAGCCAUGGAACUGCCGAUAUUCUCUGACCCUAUUCUACCUCAAAAGAACUGUCAGUACAAGAGCCUCAUAAUCUUGUGAAUAUUUAGCUGUCGUAGCGUGGCAGUCGCUGCGCGUACCAGAAAUUCUGAGUAAAACAUUGUGAUGCUUGAUGAGCGUUACUUAUCAAAGGCUCCACGCCAAAACACUUCCCGUUUGAAGAUAGCUUCUCCCGUUCGGUGACACAUUGAGUGCUGCGGAGAGCUUGAGGUAGAGAGAUCCUUUGCAAGGAUUUCUGUUUCCAGCGCUAACUGUUGUGGGAUCACUUCAAUAGUCAUUUUGUUGUCCGCCUCUUGCACCGGUGUCCGUUUGGCUGAUGUCCUGCUCUACACUGAGGGGAAAGAAAUCAAAAACGUAGUCAGCGAUGAUGUCCGACCGGCAGAAUAGAAAAGUGAAAGAAGGAAUAGUCGAGUGGCUCCACUUCACCAGUUUGAGGGCCACCACCACAAUUAAUGCAGUUUUCUUCUCGACAGGACAUGACUCCGCACGCAUAUGUUAAUGUGUACUCCAACCGAUAUUCGACGAAGCUGUCCAAGAUUCACUACGCAUAAUAUUGCGCUCCUGCCAAUGCUACAACAAGACGGAAUGCACCUGGAUGAUUAUGAAUGGCGCACAACACAAUCUGCUGCUGAUCUAUUAAGUAGAACCGAGUUAAAGUAAUUCAAAUGAGGCUACGUCCCCAGAAUGUAAGGUAGCCGACGAGAAACUUCCUCUUCUGGUUAACGUUCCUGCCUUUCCAAUCUCAUUUCUCCCUCUCUUUCUCCGUAUAGAAAAAGGAAGUAAGAAGAAGCGGUGUCUGUUCACCACCACAAACCAAGGCUUCCUUAGUCUCAAAAGCGGAUUGGUCGCCCGCAUCAGCAUUUUUUAUUCCAGCCGACGCCAGACGAAACAGUGAGAGGGUUACAAUUGCUACAACUGAGGCUGGUUGGUCGUAUAUACUUAGUUUUGUACCGCCCGCUAUUUUGAACACAAAACAGAACAGGAUAUAGGCAGGUACGCGAACUAAGGGCUGUUUUAUUUCACACACGUUAGCGUUACAUUUAUAGGAAAUAGGCAUGUAACUGAACUCCCUUGAACGCGAGCAUAACGCAGGCGCAUCUCCGUCAAUUUCUUUUUCUGUGCCACGCGUUAUAUCAGUCUCACCCAUGCUCAUAUUUAUUGAUGGAUUGCUCAAGCAUUCACUUUCACGUGUCCUUAACAUAUGGAAGCCCUCAACAAUCAUUCGCCCCAUUCUGUGUUUUCCGUUCAAAACAGCGUGGUACGAAAAUUACGCGAGUUAUAGAGUUGCUACACACACUAUAAUGGCACCAGAUAUUACGCCUGUGCAUCGCGCUACGGGUGAAACUUGAAUUUUUUAAUGUUUAUGUAUGUGGUUGGUCGACGUGAUCGGCGGGGAAGAAGAAGGAGAAGCUAGACAGACAGCUCCGAGCGCGUGCCGCAACUGUCAGUUGCACUGCGUCACAGCGCAGACGUUCGCCCCGCAGCUUCAGAAAGACGCCAAUCAACUAGCCAGAGGCAUGUCGUCGGUUGACAGCUAUUCCUGCGGCAGCCAGUCCACGCUUUCCGAAGAGACCGAGCAGAUCUGGCCGCGCUACGUCGCCGGACGGCAGCGUGAGCGACGGCUCGACUGCUCCGAGUGCGAAGCGGCCGCCGCCAGCCGUAACGUAGGUCGCAGUGGGAGCAGCGUGCCCGAACGGCGAUCGCGGAGGACGAGAGGCUCGUCGCGACCGGACUCUUCGUUGUCCGUCGUCAACCAGUACGGCGUCGCGGACACGCAGUCCCUGAUCGCGGGCCGAUCCUUCUCGUGCGAGGGCGACGCCCCGGUGCCCAGCGUCCAUUGGGUGCGCGCCUUGUGCCUGGCGCUGAUGGCACUCUCCUCGGCGCUCUUCAUCGGCGCCGUCUCGCUGGCUCUGAUGCACUCGCUGCCGGAGACGUGGCCCACGCCGCCGUCCAGGGAUGCCAAGGUUCACGGCGUCGCCUCCGCAGCCAAUCCAAGCCAGGACAAGGCGGCGCAACAUCCGGUGGUCCAGGAUGCGGCGAGGCUGGAACAUGCGCCGAAGGAGCACGUCGGGACACCUUCAGUGGCCGCUGCAACAACCCGCACAUCCACGCCAACUUCCGCUGGUACAGCUCUUCCAGAAGGCACCGACAUGCAGGCCACGGCCAUUCAGCCCAGCGCUCGGCAUGAGAAGCCCGACCGAUGCCAGCGCGUCUUCUAUAAGUUCUGCCUGAAACCCCGGCGCGAGUUCUUCUUCAACCCGGCGGUCAACGCCUGCGUCGCACUGAGCGGCCGAGCCGGGGCCGAGGUCUGCAACCGGAGCCCGAACCGAUUCUUAACGGCUGUGGGCUGCUCGCGGCAGUGCGUCCGCACUAGGAAACCUGCCGGAAAGUGCUUGCAGACGGCUCUGCUGUCAACGUGUGGCAGGGGCGACGUCGUGAACGGCAGCAACCUGUGGUUCUUCCACAGUCGCGGCUGCCACCUGUGGAGCUUCCCGUCGGGCAAGUGCCCGUCUUGGGACGGCCAGCUGUUCUCCAGCGUGGGCCGGUGCCUGGACGCGUGCGUGCGCCGACGCGCGGGAUCGUACUCCGCGCGCGCCUGCCGGACGCCUGCGCCGGCCACGUGCAACUCCCGGCAGCUCAAGUUUCCUUUCUUCGCCGCCGACUUUGGGGAAAGCGUGGCGCUGCGUUGCCUGCCCACGUCUACGGCGGGCCAAGCCUGGCGCCGGUGUCUGGCUGGCGCCAACCGAUUCAGGACGAGGGCGGCUUGCGAGGCAGCCUGCGUUUACGGAGGCAGCUAGCGUACUGGCGCGGCCCUCUUAAGUACAA